AUGGGACCCAUCGAACCAGACGCGCAGACGCAACGGCUGGAAGUACUUCAAGAGACAAUGUUGACUACCACCCGAAACGGACGAAUCGACCAUUACAGCCCGACAAACAAUCCGCAGCUGGCCAGAAAGAUAUACACCGAAUGCCAAUACGUCGGAGCUGUCGAUCAACGUAUCUCGCGCUACGAUUGGGUCAAACCAGCCGGAACGGCACGCGAAAGAAGAGGCAACGCACGUGCCAAGUGCGGACCAAGCUCAGCAGGGAUUGACCAAAAGAAAGAUGUAUGA